AUGGCAGUUGGUUUCCGGUCUGAGAUAUCCGCUCCUGUUCAUCGAGGAAACAGCACUGCCAAAGAAGCGUGGUCGAGGAAGAUGGAGGUGGAAGACGAGUGUGAAGAAACGGUGAUUGGAGACAAAGCGAGACAUCAAGUGUGCCGCGACCAAGCAAUUCAAGAUGCCAUACCGUCGCAUCCACGGCGACGACGACUUCUCUUAUCCACCGAUAGCGCCUUCGCCGAUACGGUUCUUCCAUCUCUCAUCCACAACCCAAACAUCGAGCUGCGCCUGAUCACGGACGAACCCUCGGCUUUGCUCACUGGAACGAACAAAAUUCCACACUAUAUGGAUACGGUUGAUAGCCAAACGUUUGACAAGAAGACCGGGGCGAGGAAAUGGCUGAAGGCAAAAACUGCGGAGCUGUGUGAAUGGGCGGACAUGCUGUUGGUUGCGCCCAUUGAUGCUGGAGCUCUUGGUGCGAUGUUGGCUGGUUUGACAAACACUUUGACCUUGGCGCUGCUUCGUGGUUGGGUGUCAAAGAAACCAGUCGUACUCAUUCCAGGAAUGACUGUGUCGGAAUGGGAUCACCCGCUAAGUUCUCGCCAACUUGACGAGAUAAGCUGUUUUUGGCCUUGGGUCCGCAUUGUUAGGCCUGUGCUCUGGAAGUCAAAUGGGCCUGAAGAAUUGACAAUACUUCCAUGGGACGGGCUAAAGGAGUUGCACGAAACAUUGGAAACAACAUUAAAACUUCCUUCGUGGGAUGCUACUUUGACUGGGGCUAGUUUGAAUGGCGCGGCCACAGCUACUAAAACUGCAUCGACAACUAUAUACUCACCAUUGGCCUCGGGGAGUGGCAGUGGCUCUGCGCUGCGGAGCAUCCCGAAACCCGAAGGCAGCGCCCAUUUUUUACCUCUCGAGAUAUGGCUGAACGUUUUUGAAGAUCAACUCGGAGAUUGGGAAACAGCGAAAGCUGUAGGCAUUCCUUCGAAUCUCCCUGUCCCCAAAGAAUGGCAGAGUCAUUUGCUCAAAAUGUCCACACCAGCUUCACUCGAAUAUACCAUCCUGCGAGGAUCUUUCGCUGCAAUUAAAAAGCGAAUUGACGCCCUUCCUCGCUGGAAGCCGCUUUCUGACCUUGCAUGCCACCUAAUAGUCAAGUUUUCCCGAACCGAUAUCCUCUCCUAUCUCACUGAAAACCACUUGGACCUCCUGUGGACAACCUCUCGACUCACCAAUAUUCCAUACCGUGCAUCCGCAAUUUACGGCAACCCAAAGGUUCUCACCUGGUGGCGUGAUGCGCCCGCUCUGCCCAACAAAGAGUACAUGGCAGAUGCCAUGGAUGGCGCCUCCCGAGCCGGAUAUCUCCAUGUUCUGGAUUGGUGGCUCCAUUCUGGCCUUCCGCUGCGGUACAGCGAGCGUGCCCUCGAAGCCGCAAGUGCAGAAGGCCGAAUCGACGUACUCGAUUGGUGGAAGACUGCUUCCGCCAACGCCCCAGCACACAGCCCUGUACCCCUCAAACCCGGCAAAUCCGUCCUUCUUGCAGCACAGAUGGGCCGCACUGCAUCACUCGCUUGGUGGGAUGCAUCGGGUAUCCCAUACAGCCACGCCGAGAACGUUGCUCGCAUCUCAAGCACCCACGGCCACGUACAUGUUCUCGAGUUCUGGUACCAACUCAAGGGCCCCAAGAUGAUCUUCGAUAAUCAGGUGUUGGUCGGCCCCACGAAGAAUGGACACGACCAUGUGCUGCAAUGGUGGAAGACCUGCGGGAUGCGCGUUGAGUUCAAAACCUGCGAUAUUGAAGAAGCGCUCGAAGACGCAGAUCCCACAUCUGGUGCCGAGGGCCGUGUCCGGCGUUGGUGGGAGCGGAAUGGGCUCAACCUUGGAGUUGGUACGAGCGAAUGGAUGAGAUCGAAAGUUUUGUGA